AUGGGCGAUAAAGCCCCAGACGCGCCAGAAAACCCUGGUCAUCAGGAAGGAAAGGCUUCUGUUGAUAUCCUUAAUGAGCCUGCCCCAGCUGUGAAACUCUUGUUGGACGAGGAGACAGGCGAAUGGGUGUCGAGGAAUGAGUUGAGGAAGCGACUCCAGAAACGGGCCAAGAAGAAGGCCAAGAGUGCACUUGCAGAAGGGCCGGCUACAGCUAAGGGGAAGGCUACUUCUGCCGGCCUACCUACCCGGCCAAAAGCAGUUGAUGCUCCUAUUGACCCUGAUGCAAUUUUCAAGCAAGGUUUCCUUGCUGAUCGGCCUGUCAAGCCUGUUAUUACUCGCUUUCCACCCGAGCCAAAUGGCUAUCUUCACCUUGGCCAUGCCAAGGCUAUUGCUAUAGAUUUUGGCUUCGCUCGCUUCCAUGGGGGAAAGACAAUCCUAAGGUUUGAUGAUACGAAUCCCGAUGAAGAAGCCGAAAUUUAUUUCACAUGGAUCAUCAAGAUCAUCAAAUGGCUAGGCUUUACACCAAGCGAAAUUACCUACUCUAGCGACCAUUUUCAGCGGCUUUAUGAGCUUGCCCAAGACCUUAUUCGAAAGGGUGGUGCGUAUGUCUGUCACUGUUCAGAGUCUGAAAUCAAGCUGCAGCGAGGAGGAAAAGAUGGUAAAGAAGGGCCUCGUUUCAGAUGUGCUCAUGCAGACCAAGAUAUCCAGAUGAAUUUGGAUAAAUUUAAGGAUAUGCAUGAUGGGAAAUAUGAGCCACAGACUGCUUUUCUCCGAAUGAAGCAGGAUAUUGAUAGUGGAAAUCCUCAAAUGUGGGAUCUUGCAGCUUAUCGAAUUCCCAAACAUCAGAAACCACACUUACGAGCUCCAGAGUGGAAGAUAUUCCCAACAUAUGAUUUUACUCACUGUUUAUGUGAUAGCUUUGAGGGCAUUACACAUAGUCUUUGUACCACAGAAUUCAUUCUUUCAAGGGAAAGUUAUGAAUGGUUGAACAAAACCCUUGGUGUUUAUGAGCCGAUGCAGCGUGAAUUUGGCCGACUCAACCUGGAAGGUACAAUUAUGAGCAAAAGAGGGCUGAAGCAGCUUGUUGAUCAAAAAAUUGUUCGGGGAUGGGAUGACCCGCGCCUCUAUACUUUGAUUGCUAUCAAGCGGCGUGGUAUCCCACCCGGAGCUAUUCUCGCUUUUGUUAAUGAGCUUGGGGUCACAACGAACAGAACCUUCAUUCAAAUUGUUCGUUUUGAACAAACCGUGCGCCGUUUUCUCGAGAGAACAGUGCCACGCCUCAUGCUUAUCCUUGACCCAGUUCCCGUCACAAUCUCAGAUCUUGCCGAGCCUGUGUAUUUGGACAUUCCGUUUUCGCCAAAGGACUCUACCUUUGGAUCCCAUUCAUUGGAGUUCACCAAAACUAUCUAUAUUGACCGGUCGGAUUUCCGCGAGGUAGAUAGCAAAGACUACUUCCGCUUGGCCCCUGGUAAAGCAGUUGGCCUUCUUAAUGCACCAUUGCCAAUCAAAGCUGUUUCCUAUACUAAGGACGAGACAACAGGUCUUGUCACAGGGAUCCAAGCUGUCUCUGAUAGGGAUGCGAAGCCUAAAGCUUAUAUAAGCUGGGUUCCCGAGACCUCCCUCAAGGUUGAGGCUCGUAUUUACCGCUCUCUAUUCAAAUCUGAUGAUCCAUCGGCUGCUGAGGGUGGGUUUUUGAAUGACAUCAACCCUGACAGCGAGAUAAUAUACCAUGACGCUUUGCUUGAGUCGGGUUUCAAUGAAGUUAAGCAAAGGGCGCCUUGGCCUGCUGUCCUCGGUGAUAGUGCAGAGGUCUCGGGAUCUGAGAGUAUUCGUUUCCAGGCUAUUCGAGUUGGAUACUUCGCCGUCGACACAGACUCUACGGAUGAGAAAGUUAUUUUGAACCGUAUUGUGUCUCUGAAGGAAGAUUCUGGGAAGAAUACCUGA